AUGGUUAAACGAGUUGAGACUGCCCGAUUGCAGGAUGUGGUGCAAAAUAUCUCCGAUCAUCGGAGAAAGUAUCUACAAGAGGCUAAACUGCAACCGCAAGUAAAAUUCGUUUUGAAUCCAGUUAGUGCCAAAACUGAUGAUAACAAUGACAAAAACUUGACGCAUGUACAAGGCAGAGAGUAUGAAUAUUCACAACCAAGACAACACAGGGUGCAGAGACUAACAGAGACUAAAUCCUUUGCUGGUGACUUCGACUCUAAUACUACAGUCAAGAAUCUUUUGUAUGAUGGUACUGUUAGUCAGUACAUACGUGUUGCACCCACAAGUCAUUAUGGGAGUACAAGUUGCAUGAGAACAGAACUCUAUGGAAUAAAACACGAUGGAGUCUGUACAUCCAUGUUUGUUGGUUUAUCAUACUCAAGUAUCAUCCCAGAUCACAGGUUUACUGCCAGUUCAUAUUAUGAUAGCCGUUAUGAACCAAGCUUUGCAAGACUUUUAACAUACAGUAAAGCCUGGGGACCACGAGCAACGUCUGGUGCGUGGUUACAGAUAGACCUUGGUCCGGUGGUGUAUGUGUGUGCUGUGGCUACACAAGGCGCUGGUGCUGAUCUUCAAAACGAGUUUGUAAGAAAUUACAAAAUAAGUGUGUCCUUGGAUAAUGUGAAUUGGAAUUAUUACCAGGAAGAAAAUAUUACCAAGGUGUUUACUGGAAACACAGACCGCACUGCAAUUGUAACAAAUAAACUCAAAAACCCAGUCAGGGCAAAAUUUAUACGACUCUACCCUACACACUUCAGAAGCCAUCCAACAAUGAGAGCUGAGGUUUAUGGGAUUCCAUCAGCUUGCAGUUCUCCCGUUGGACUUGAGACACCUGGUCUAAUUCAAAACAGUCAAAUGACGUCAUCUUCUAACCUUGACAAUUCCCAUACUGCAUCAUAUGGUCGUCUCUAUGGCAACGGUGCAUGGUGUAGUAGCACAUCAUCUAACACUCAGUACUUACAGAUUAAACUGGGACAAAUGAUGACAGUGACAGGUGUAGCAACACAGGGUGACCACACCAUGGAUAAGUGGGUUAUUACCUACACUAUCAGUUACAGUAUGGAUGGCAAUCUGUGGAAAACCUACAAAGCUGGGAGUAACAGUGAUAAGAUACUCUUAGGAAACAGUGACAAAGAUACUAUUGUAGUGCAAUGGCUAAGUCAUCCAGUGACAGCCAGGCAUGUUCGAGUUACACCACAGUCAUCGAAAACUGCUAUAUGUAUGAGAAUAGAACUGUAUGGAUGUGCCUAUGUUACCAGACCAGUGAUAUCAGGUCUGACCAAUCAAAACCUUACAGCAGCAUCCAAUAGCUAUGUAGAUCUGGUGUGUAUUGUACAAGAACCAUUAAUACAGUACAUCAAAUGGUACACUGGUGAUACUGACAUCACCAGUCAAUCUACUGGUAUGGUGCGUGGUGCUAAUGGAGUCAAGAAUUCUACGUUGAGAGUUAACUACACAUCUGCUGAUGAUGUACUCAAUAACUACUAUUGUCAUGACUCAGUGUGCAGCAAAGCAUAUGUCUGUAGAACGAUGUAUGAGAAUAUCAAGACUACCGCAGAUGGAAUAAGAAGUGCAGGAGUGACCAUAAAACUUGAUUACCCAAGUAUCCUAGCAGUACCAACAGUCCAUGACAUCAAAUCAACCUCAGUAACAGUUAGAUGGAUCCAACCUGCGCUGAACGCAUCCCAGGCUAGUGUGACAACAUACCUGUUACAGUAUCAGAACAUUACACAUACACAGACCAUAAGUGUGUCAGCUCAUGCAACUAGUCACGUGAUCACUGGUCUUGCUAUCUAUACUAACUACAGUGUUCAGAUAAAAACGAUCAGUGGAGUUGGUUUUGGACAAUGGAGUGCGACCACAAACUUCAGAACACUCCCAGCUAUACCUGUGGGUUUUCCAAAUUCUGUGACAGCUGUGGCUAAAACAUCCCAAAGUAUACUUGUUACUUGGCAGGCUCCAACAUCUGGAAUCAAUGGCCCUCUUCGUGGAUACAGAGUAUUUUGCAGAUCAGGAAGUGAUAAACAUGAAAGUACUGCAACUCCUCAACAAACAAGUCACACGUUCAGUGGUCUGAGAAAGUGGACAGUGUACAACGUCACAGUGGUCAUACAUAACGAUAAGGGAGAUGGACCUAUCCAUAGCUACGUGCUUAGGCGAACAUUAGAAGAUGCUCCCGGACAGUCACAGAGUUUCCAAGUCACCGUCCUUAAUUCUACUGAUGUUCGGCUGAAUUGGGCUUUACCAAGUGAAAGAAAUGGUAUAAUAAGAGGGUUCAAGUUGCGCUACGAAAAAGCUGAUAGUUUGUCAGAGAAGGAUUUACCUGGUAAUACGACUCUGUCUUAUGUACUGACUGGACUAGACAAGUGUACUCUGUACUCUUUUAAAAUGUUGGCCUACACAAUAAAAGAUGGUCCUUAUACAUCUGUGAUCCUGAAAACAACAGCAGAAGAUGCUCCAUCUGCACCUGACAUUCUUAAGGCAAGCAUCAUUUCACCCAACGGUCCUUCAGUUCCACAAGUAACACUAACAUGGAGUAAACCUGCAGUUUGUGGCGAUAAUAUUCGCCACUACAAAGUGUCAUACAACCAUGAUGUAGAUCCCACUUUGAAAGGGGAAACUGUUGAUAAGAGCCAACUAACGAUAACGAUUCCUGUGUGGGGAGGAGUGACGUACGAGUUUCGUGUCAGGGGAGUCACCAACAAGGAAGGACUAGACACACCCACAAAAACUGUUGUGAUACCAAUUUAUUCUCCCAGUGUCUCACCKUCUAACUUMWCAUUCAGCGAAGCUAAKAAAACAACAUUYMAWRUGKCCUGGGAMGAGAUUCCACGCAACCUUAUCGAGAAGGCAGAAAGCUAG